AUGAAUCAAUCAAAUUAUUCACAGCGUGUACACAAUGAGAGCACACAGAAUAUCUCUCAAGCUAGCAAGGACCCCAAAAAACCCUCCUUAGUGAAACAUAAUGCUUCAAACUCUUUGGAGCCUGUAGAGAUAAGGCUGCAAGUAUUAGAUAUGCUCAUAACUCGUGUGAAGAACUUUCAAAAUUUAUUAGAAUUAUAUCUCUCUAAGCAGGAAGUUUGUUACUCCUAUCGUAUUAGCCAGAUACAUGAGUCACUUCUGAAGAUUAAAAAUGAGAGCGAGCAAGUAUACUCAAGCCCAGUCGAGAGCCAAGACCUAAUGCGUCCCAGAAAAUUUGAAUUUCUUCAGAUGGUGAUCUGAGAGCUCGAAUCUAAACUUCAAAUCUUCACCUCUACUGAGCCUAAAGAGAUUCAGACUCCUGAAGUGACGGAUAUGAAGCUUACCACAGAGAAUAAUAAAGUAGGCGUCAGUUCACCUGCUUUCUCUGUACAAUCCUUAGAGCUAGGGCAGAAAGAAUGUCACGCACUAGCUUGUCAUGAGUCUGAGACAUCACUUGAGGAACGGCUAGACACAAACUGAUCCAAACUGUAUGCUGAUUUGUACCAUAACAUCACAGGCUGGAAGAAUGAGUUCACUACACAAGAUACACUCAUAUUCUCUCUGAAGAAAGCUGCUUACAAGCUUUUUCUCAAAAAGAUGAAGAGAAUCUCUCUUCCUAGUAUCUUAGGACUUUAUAUCGAGAACUUUAGCAAGCGUGAUAAAGUAAUUAAGGAUUUCUCAAAGAACUCUCUGAUUUCUAAAGGCUGCAACUCCUACGGGUUCUCAUGCAGCCAUGUAUCGAAUAUCUCCUUUGUUCUACCUGAGAUUAUCCGAGCAAACCAGAAGAUGAAUGAAAGACUGCUUCUCAAGAAUUUUAAGAUAAAUGAGAAACAGCUCAAAAGAUUGUUCAUGACUACUAAGAAUAAGAAAGAAAUUGAGUUCAUUGGCUGCAAGUUGUCCUUAAUAAAGGCACCUGAUCUGGUCAAAUGCCUCAAAGAAACCUCUAUUGAAUCAAUUGAUUUCUCUCUUUGAGAAAGAUUCAAAUACAGUAACUGGAUUGAGAAAUCUGAAGAUCUAGAAUGCUUAAUCAAGGGAUUCUCAGAGUCUGAUCUAAGACACUCUCUUCAAUGAGUAUUCUUUGGCUGGCGUUGCCAAAUGCAGAAGAGCACUGUGACUACCAUCUUCAAGAAGUACAGACUUGGUCAUAUAGAGAUCAAAGGGAAGUUCACCACAUAACCUCAGAUCCUCCCACAAAAGGUCUGUUCACACUCUACUAACUAAUCUUGAUCAAUAAGGAUACUUUUUU